AUGCUCAAACUUGGCUUUUUCUGCUUCUUUUCUGCAGUCACAGCUACGAUUUUUCAAGUCGACGUGGUUCCAACCUGUGGAAAUGGGGCGUAUCUAAGGACUCCACCCUACAUCAUUCUGACCGACGCUGACAUUGAUGAUGGUCCCGCAGAUGCCGCUUAUUGCCGUUCAAACUGCACUCUGAAAUUCGAUGAUGUAAUUGACGACAUGGAUCCAAUGAGGGAAUUCCGCCUUAAAGUCGACUACAUCUGUGGAGAUUCGCCGGAUCAUCUUGCAUGCUACUACUUUGUUGCAACUGAAAGGACAAACAACUACGGCAAAGUCAGGCUGAACUUGGGAGGCUCACUUCAGGAUCAAGAAUCCAGCAAUGAAUUUUAUUCGAGCAAA